GUACGGCACACUCCCUUGUGUUAGCCGGCCCUCUUACGCUAUUCUCCAAAGUAACCCAAAAUCUCUCAUAUAAAUCGAUUAAUUACUCAUAAAUUUCACUUCUCAUUAUUUUUCAUCUUCUUCAUUCUUGGAGCUAUCACAACAUUACCCUUACAUUGUUUCAUCGCUUUUUCCCUCUAUUCUCUCUUCUCUUCUAUCUUCUUCAAUUUCAAUUCAAUACAAUACAAAUCAUUAUUUAUUUAUUUAUUCAUGUUUUUUAUUUUUCAUCAGCAUUAGGAUUUUUCUAAAACCUAAUCGAUAAUGGAAGAAAACAAUUCUCAAUCCAAUUCUCCAAAAUCAAAAUCAGAUCUAAUCGAUGCAGACACAGAAAUUUCAAAUUCCAACAUCAACAAUGAUACCUCGUUGGAAACAAUUGUUCGGAGUUUCCAAGAUUCAAUGUCUGUAACAAAACAACACAAAUUCUGGGAAACACAACCAGUUGGUCAAUACAAAGAUGUUGGUGACACAUCUUUACCAGAAGGACCAAUUGAACCACCAACACCUUUAUCAGAAGUGAAACAAGAACCUUAUAAUUUACCAACAACUUAUGAAUGGACAACAUGUGACAUGACUUCUGAAGAAACUUGUGAUGAGGUUUAUCUUCUUUUAAAGAAUAAUUAUGUUGAAGAUGAUGAAAAUAUGUUUAGGUUUAAUUAUUCUAAGGAGUUUCUUACAUGGGCUUUAUGUGUUCCUGGUUAUUAUAAGAAUUGGCAUAUUGGUGUUCGAGCGAAAGGUUCGAAGAAAUUAGUUGCUUUUAUAACUGGUAUUCCUGCUAGGAUUAGGGUUAAUGAUAAUGUUGUGAAAAUGGCUGAGAUUAAUUUUUUAUGUGUUCAUAAGAAACUUAGAUCGAAAAGGCUUGCGCCAGUUAUGAUUAAGGAAAUUACUAGAAGGGUUCAUUUGGAAAAUAUUUGGCAAGCGGCUUAUACUGCCGGGGUUGUUAUUCCAACCCCGGUUGCUACUUGUCAAUAUUGGCAUAGGUCGUUGAACCCGAAGAAGCUUAUUGAUGUUGGGUUUUCGAGGCUUGGUGCUAGGAUGACUAUGAGUCGGACUAUUAAGCUUUAUAAGUUGCCUGAUUCAACGGUUACUAGUGGGUUUAGGAAAAUGGAGUUGAGGGAUGUUCCGGCGGUUACGCGGUUGCUUAGGAAUUACUUGGGAAAGUUUGAUGUUGCGCCUGAUUUAGAUGAAAAUGAUGUUGAACAUUGGCUUCUUCCGCAUGAGGAUGUUGUCGAUAGUUACUUGGUUGAGAGUCCUGAAAAUCAUGAGAUCACUGAUUUUUGUAGCUUUUAUACAUUACCUUCUUCAAUCCUUGGAAAUCAGAGUUACUCAACUUUGAAAGCUGCUUAUUCUUAUUAUAAUGUAGCUACGAAAACUCCACUGGCUCAGUUGAUGAACGAUGCACUGAUUGUGGCAAAGCAGAAGGAUUUCGAUGUUUUCAAUGCUUUGGAUGUAAUGCAUAAUGAAGGUUUCCUUAAAGAUCUCAAGUUUGGACCUGGAGAUGGACAGCUUCACUACUACUUGUACAAUUAUAGGAUUCGUAAAGCUUUGAAACCAUCUGAACUUGGUCUUGUUCUCUUGUAGCCAGAUAUGUUUUUUCUUCAGUUUUGGUUUUGAUAUUGCAAUUCGGAAAAACCAUUCAUUUGUUUUGUUUUAUUAGUUUGUUGCUUCAACUGAACACCAUUUAUUGUUCCUUUGUGUUGGUGUUUUGAGAUUGGCUACAUUUUGCAAAAGCCAACUAGCCAGAUGUUGUACAAAGAUGUUGUAGCAUUAUCGUACAGCAUUAUCAUGCUCUGUUUUAGCGCAGAAAUUUUAUUUCAAAUCUCAGACAAGAUUUGCUUCAAUUAUUUAUGCAAGCACGUGCGACUAUUCAAGA